AGCUCCUCUUGUCCGGCAAACUCAGCGAGUAUGGUGUGAUCGUCCCCUUCAGCGCCGAUUGCCGGGGUCGCUUCCUCUCGCACGUGGUGUCCGGCGACGCGGCGGGGAUCGGCGAAGCCAACUGUCCCCCGGCUGGCCUGAUUCGAACAGACAGCAAUGAGUUCUUCAUCGAGCCCUUGGAGAGGGGGCAGCAGGAGACGGAGGAGCACGGGAGGGCCCACGUGGUGUACCGCCGGCCGGCGGGACGGUGCCGAGCCGCGCUACGACCUCCACCCCCAAGCAUCGCUAACAGGAUUGCGAUUGAGAGCUUCGAAGUGCCCGACGUGCGGGUGGGCGAUCUCCCCAACUCCUUGGAGCUGAUGGCGGAGCGGCUGGGGGACACGGAGCGCAAGAGACGUCACGCCAGGAAAGAUGACUACAACAUUGAGGUCUUGCUGGCCGUGGACGACUCGGUCGUACGCUUCCAUGGGAAGGAGCACGUCCAGAACUAUGUCCUCACCCUCAUGAACAUAGUGGACGAAAUUUAUCACGACGAGUCGCUGGGUGUCCACAUCAACAUCGUGCUGGUCAGGAUGAUCAUGGUGGGAUACCGCCAGUCAGUCAGCCUGAUAGAGCGAGGGAACCCGUCUCGGAGCUUGGAGCAGGUCUGCCGCUGGGCUCACUCGCAGCAGCGCUCCGACCCGGAACACGCCGAGUACCACGACCACGCCGUGUUCCUCACCAGGCAAGAUUUUGGUCCCGCAGGCUACGCGCCGGUGACGGGGAUGUGCCACCCGCUGCGCAGCUGCACCCUCAACCACGAAGACGGCUUCUCCUCGGCGUUCGUCGUCGCCCACGAGACUGGCCACGUGUUGGGCAUGGAGCACGACGGCCAAGGCAACCGCUGCGCCGACGAGACCAGCAUGGGCAGCAUCAUGGCGCCGCUGGUCCAGGCCUACCACGGGUCCCGUUGCAGCAAGCAGGAGCUCAACCGCUACAUUCACUCCUACGACUGCCUCCUGGAUGACCCCUUUGAGCACCGGUGGCCCACGCUCCCUGAGCUGCCGGGCAUUAACUACUCCAUGGACGAGCAGUGCCGCUUCGACUUCGGCGUGGGCUACAAAACCUGCACGGCGUUCCGUACCUUCGACCCCUGCAAGCAGCUGUGGUGCAGCCACCCGGACAACCCUUACUUCUGCAAGACCAAGAAGGGGCCACCCUUGGAUGGGACUGAGUGCUCUCCGGGCAAGUGGUGCUUCAAGGGUCACUGCAUCUGGAAGACAUCGGAGCAACCUUAUAGCCAGGAUGGCAGCUGGAGCUCCUGGUCCAAGUUCAGCUCGUGCUCCAGGACCUGCGGAGGAGGGGGUCGCGCACCCCCCCGCCGUACGUCUGGCCCCAGCCCGGCGUACGGCGGGCGCCACUGCCCGGGAGCGACCUACGAGUACCAAGUGUGCAACUCCGAGGAGUGCCCGGGGCCCUACCAGGAUUUCCGUGCCCAGCAGUGCUCCAAGCGUGACUCCUACUACACCCAUCAGAACAGCAAGCACACUUGGCUUCCCUACGAGCACCACGACGAUGCUCAGAAGUGUGAGCUGAUCUGCCGCUCCGAGGGAACGGGGGACGUGGUCUUCAUGAACCAGGUUGUUCACGACGGUACCCGCUGCGACUGCAGGGACGUAACCCCAUGCUUGUCUUCUCUUCCCUGCCGGUGACAGCAUGUUGGCUGUGACAAGGAGGUCGGCUCCCUGAAGCAGGAUGACAAGUGCGGGGUCUGCGGGGGGGACAACUCCCACUGCCGGACGGUGAAGGGUACUUUGGGUCAGCUGGAUUCACGCGCAGGUAUUUUGAAGAUGUUUGAGAUCCCAGCUGGAGCCAGGCACCUUCAGAUAGAAGAGAUGGAGCCAGCAUCCCACAGCAUCGCUGUUAAGAAUCAAGCCACGGGGAACUUCAUCCUUAACGCCAAGGGCAAAGAAGCCAAAAGCCAAGUGUUCGUUGAGAUGGGCUUGGAGUGGGAAUACACCGUUGAACGUGGCAAGGAGAGCCUGAAAACCAGCGGUCCUCUGCACGAGGCUAUCAGCGUUUUGGUCGUCCCUCAGGAGGAGGAGGAGGCGAGGAGCAGCCUGAUGUACAGGUACAUCAUCCACGAAGACCUGCUGCCCAUGAUUGGCAACAACAACGUCCUGCUUGAGGAGAUGGAUUCCUACGAGUGGGCCCUCAAGAGCUGGUCUCAGUGCUCCAAGGCGUGCGGAGGAG